UGAGGAGGGAGGACAGGGAGAGGCUGGACGAAACCAUUCAUCCGGCCAGUACUCCCACUGAAAUCUGUGAAGAUUAAUGAGCAUUCCUGAGCAUCUAGAUUCGGAUUUCAAAGCGGAUUAUGGGCGUGUAUGUGAAUUAGGUGGUACGGUUACAAAUCUGGGUAAUUUAGGAUCGGAUUAGCCUCUAAAUCACGCGGUCAUCGGCGCUGAAUCCCCCCACAUCCACAUCCCUGCGCGUAAACAGCCAAACAGGCGGUCGGGAUGCGGGGAUGAUUUUUGAUGACGCUGCAAUGGGCACCUGCGAAGAUACCGAAAUUCAAACAAUAAUGAGGAUCCGAUUUGAUUUCAGGCUCGCGCAGCUGACGGUGCUGCUGAUCCAGAGCGGAUGGUGGGGGGUCGCGCCGAGCCCCACCGAUGAGGGAGCACUCAGGGCCGGGCACGGGGAGCACGGAGAGCCGGGACAUCAGGAGCCUCACAAGGACUCCUACAGCACCUUCGCCUCCGAGUUCCUGGAGUCCAGAUAUCUGUCUGAUGACGGUUACCCAUUCCCCACCGCCCCACCAGUGGAUCCCUUCGCCAAGAUCAAAGUCAGCGACUGUGGAGUAACCAAAGGCUGCAUAAGAUAUGGGAAGCCAGGGUGUGAUGCAGAGACGUGUGACUACUUUCUGAGUUAUCGGCGCAUCGGGACAGAUGUGGAGUACGAGAUGAGUGCAGACACAGAUGGCUGGGUGGCCGUAGGUUUCUCCUCUGACAAGAAAAUGGGAGGAGACGAUGUCAUGGGCUGUGUCCAUGACGAUAACGGACGUGUACGGAUUCAUCACUUCUACAAUGUCGGCCAGUGGGCAAAGGAAAUAAAGAGGAACCCUGCGAGAGACGAGGAGGGCAUUUUUGAGAACAACCGGGUGACCUGCCGCUUCAAACGGCCGUUAUACGUCCCCAGAGAGGAAACACUUGUGGACUUACACCUGUCGUGGUAUUACCUGUUUGCAUGGGGACCUGCCAUACAAGGUUCCAUCACGAGGCAUGACAUUGACAGUCCGCCUGUCAGCGACCACAUGAUCAGCAUCUAUAAGUACGAGGACAUCUUCAUGCCUUCUACAGCCUACCAGACCUUCAACUCUCCCCUCUGCUUACUGCUCAUAGUCGCCCUCACCUUCUACUUACUAAUGGGAACGCCAUAAUGAAGCACAGCGGAGCACGUAGAGGGGAAAAUGCGGGAAGAGAAGUAGCAAUAAAAAAUAAAGUUGUCUGAGCCGCACUCAAGUGUGCACUUUGCACAAGGAAACACUGUAUUAGAUAUAUUAAACACAAUAGAGUAUAUAUUCAUCGCUCUGAACUCAUACAGAGGAUUCUGGCAAAUUAUUAAACCUGUAUUAUAGAGGUGACGUGUACUGGUGUCAGUACAAAACAAGAGGUCUGAUAAGGGUAAUGUUUUAGUAUAAAUAAGCCAAUUAUUUUCAGUAUUUAUGAUCGCUUCCAAAUACUUUAAAAUAUGUGGACUGCACAUAACGACAAAUAUAUCUGAAAAGUCUUGAAAAUACUGCAUGCUCUGGAGAACCUGGAAAUUAUUUAAACCCCGCUGUUCACUGCUGAUGAUGAGGGACUGUCACAUAAUAUGGUUUUCAGGGUUUUAGGUUACCGUGCAAAAGAUUUUCAUAGACUUUCUCCUUAUGGUUGACACUCAUAAUAACGUGGCUCGGCUCACUUCUCCCUACUUUCCUUUCACGACUUUUUCCCCUUUCCUCAACCACAGUAGCUGUUGGGUUUAUCAGUACUGUGGCACUGUGACUGAACAGACAGAGAGAGACUGCUACAUGAGUUAAUGUUGUAAGCAAUAACACACUGAAGAGGAGCAAACUGUGGACUGGAGAACAGUUUGCUUGGACAUGGACUUUUAUUUCCCCAGGCUGUUAUUGUAGCCUUUUGAUCUGUACAUGGUUGUGUUUAUAAUCAAUAAACCUGUGAAGAUAUGACAGAAUACACAAGAUA